CCGGCCAUGGAGCUGCUCUCCACCCCCAAGAACAUCGAGAUCAACAACAUCACCUGCGACUCCUUCCGCAUCUCCUGGGCCGUGGACAAGAGCGACCUGGAGCGCGUCACCCACUACUUCAUCGACCUCAACAAGAAGGAGAACAAGAACUCCAACAAGUUCAAGCACCGGGACGUGCCCACCAAGCUGGUGGCCAAGGCGGUGCCGCUGCCCAUGACCGUGCGGGGCCACUGGUUCCUGAGCCCGCGCACCGAGUACAGCGUGGCCGUGCAGACAGCCGUGAAGCAGAGCGAUGGCGAGUACCUCGUGUCCGGCUGGAGCGAGACCGUCGAGUUCUGCACCGGCGAUUACGCCAAGGAGCAUCUGUCGCAGCUGCAGGAGAAGGCCGAGCUCAUUGCCGGCCGCAUGCUGCGCUUCUCCGUCUUCUACCGCAACCAGCACAAGGAGUAUUUCCAGCAUGUCAGGAUGCACUGCGGGAACGUGAUGAAGCCGUCGCUGAAGGACAACAGCGGCAGCCACGGCUCGCCCACGAGCGGCAUGCUGCACGGCAUCUUCUUCAGCUGCAACACCGAGUUCAACACCGGGCAGCCGCCGCAGGACUCGCCCUACGGCCGCUACCGCUUCCAGAUCCCGGCGCAGCGCCUCUUCAACCCCAACACCAACCUCUACUUCGCGGACUUCUACUGCAUGUACACCGCCUACCACUACGUGGUCCUGGUGCUGGCGCCCAAGGGCUCUGCGGGCGACCACUUCUGCCGCGAGCGCCUGCCGCAGCUGGACAUUGCGUGCAACAAGUUCCUGACGUGCUGCGCCGAGGACGGCGAGCUCGUGUACCACCACGCGCAGGACAGCAUCCUCGAGGUCAUCUACACCGAGCCCGUGGACCUGAGCCUCGGCGUGCUGGGCGAGAUCAGCGGCCACCAGCUCAUGAGCCUCUCCACGGCCAACGCCAAAAAGGACCCGAGCUGCAAGACGUGCAACAUCAGCGUGGGCCGCUAGGCGCCCGCGGCGCUGGGGGGCCGGCCCGCGGAGCCCCCCGCCCGCGGACAGAGCCCGAGGGGUGCGGGAGCCAUCCCGUGUAAAUAGCGGCGUCGCCUGGAUCCGCUGCCUGCUCCGGCUGGGAUGCUCGGGGCAGGGACACUGAACUGGCAGCGCUCCAUGACCCCGGAGCUGAAGCGGCGUCUCCCGGAUCAAGCAGCGCCUCGUCCCUGCGCUGGCCCCCCGCUGCCCCGUGCAUCGUCCCCCUCCGUCCUGCUCCAGGGCUCGCCGACCGCCCACGCACCCCACGUCCAAGCUCCGCUCUGGGAAAAACCAUCCGGCCCCAAAACGAUGCCCCUCACGUCUGCCCCUCUGCCUCGUCCCCAGGGAGGACGGCAGGCGCAUCGCAGAGGCGCCGGGUGCCACCAAACUGCCUGCGGGCCCAGAAAGAAGCACAAGGGACUGCGGAGCCGCUGUCCCCACUGUCCCCCGCCCUGGCAGGACUGGAUGCCUGGACUUGGACCCCAGGCAACUCCCACGGGGCCCAUCCGUGCCGUGUGCCCACCGCGCGCUCCAGCCGUCGCUGUCACCGAGCCGCGAGCUUGCCGCUUGCCAGCCCCGC